CAAACCCAGAGGAAUGAUCCAUGUUAUCGUAUAAUUGAGAUGAGACACUCUCUGGCUCAGAAAUGUGCAAGACCUAAACACAGCUUGAGGUUAGUUCAAGUGCUUUAAAUCUGUAUGAGUAAACCACUCACAGGAAAAGAGAGGCAGGAAGUCAUAAACAGAGAAGACUGUGAUUUUAAGAGCUUUAACAAGAUGAUGAAACAACAGAGAAAAACAGAGGUCAUUUUUGUCUGGGUCUUAGCCAUCUGGCUCUCUUCAGUUGUCAACAGUGAAAGUAAAGUGGAGCUGAGAACCAGUACUGAGGUAAAGGCUCAGUGUGAUCAGAAUGUGUCCCUGCAGUGUGACAUCAUUUCAUCGAGCCCACUCAAGAUCAUUCUCUUUUCCUGGGUAUGGAAAAUGAAACAGCUGUGUGUGGUCAAUGCCACUGGUGUAUUCUCCUUUCCUGGCGUCCAGUGUGACAUCACAAACAACACCCUCACACUCAAUCUGACUCGGGUGAUGCCGUCCAGUCAGGGUAACUACACCUGCAAACUGCGCUCCAACCUAACAAUCACAGCUGCCAACACCACUGUGACAAUGCAAGGUAAAGUGGAGCUGAGAACCAGUACUGAGGUAAAGGCUCAGUGUGAUCAGAAUGUGUCCCUGCAGUGUGACAUCAUUUCAUCGAGCCCACUCAAGAUCAUUCUCUUUUCCUGGGUAUGGAAAAUGAAACAGCUGUGUGUGGUCAAUGCCACUGGUGUAUUCUCCUUUCCUGGCGUCCAGUGUGACAUCACAAACAACACCCUCACACUCAAUCUGACUCGGGUGAUGCCGUCCAGUCAGGGUAACUACACCUGCAAACUGCGCUCCAACCUAACAAUCACAGCUGCCAACACCACUGUGACAAUGCAAGAGUGCCUAAGGACAUCUGAGCACAAAGUGUUCCAGAAUGAGUCUCAGGUUGAGUGCCAGUUAUUUGGAGUUUACCCAGAAGGCACAGUACACUGGUUCCUGGGCUCUGAGAAUAUAACAGAGUCCGCAAGCACCAAGAGCCAGCUGGAUGAAGAGGGGCUGUUUGAUAUAAGGAGUACCCUGCCUACCCAGGCUGGGACUGAGCCUUACAACUGCUCCUUGUGGAUACCUAGUAGUGGAACCUACAGCUCUCACAAACAGCUGCACUACUCCAGAGUGAUCUCUUCAGGGACAAAGACUAGGAGCAGACUGCUGUUGGUCUUCAUCCUGGUUGGACUCAUAAUCAUAACAUAGGACUACUCAUGGGAUGGUCAGGAGGUUUUUUACUGAACAUGGGAAUUCGAACUACAGUAGGGAAAGGGGCUUUCCUGGUCAUGGCACAUCUACACAGGAUGGAUCAGGGCCUUUCUCUUACUGAGUGAAGAGAAAGCAAACCUAGACUGCCAUGGCCAAAGUGGAUAUAUGUUUUCACUUUUUAUACUGGGAAGCAAAAUAUCAAAGUAAUUACAAUAAAUAAAAUUGAAUUUUAAACUGAAAAUGAUUGUACAUUGGGAUUUGAGAAUACUGUAUGAAGUUUUCAUUGUUUGUCUUCAACGUUAUACACUUGUUUAAAUUGCAUUGCUUAUUACAGUAGUAGAAUACUGCUUCCUGGUGGUGAAAGUGUUUACUGAUGGAAAUAGUAUUGCUGUUAGAUGCGUAAUAAAGAUAUUCUAAAUUGUA